UAAUUGAUUAUGUCAACUUCCUUACCGACUUCUUGGCAAUAUGGAAGCUUUUAUGCCGACAAUAGGAUGUAUAGCAGCAAACCAAACCAAUCAUGAGACUUUAGUGACCACAAGAUGCCCGCUGAAGAUCCAAAAUUAACAAGCGAGGAUUACUUUCGAGUUCUAAAUGAAUAUAAAUAAAAUUGAUAGCAAAAACCAUGAAAGCUUAAACAUCGAAAAUGAAUCCACCAUAAACUAUACAGAAAGAGAGAACACUGUCGAAGUUCCUCGUGAAACGAUGUAUAUGAUUGAUAGAAUGGUCAGGCAAAGGACCUCUCGUGCUAAACUAGCCUUGCACCCGAAUCCUCAUCAAUUUUCUGAAGAGAAGAAGCAACGUUCUAAUGAAGAGAAGCCAGUUACUGAGUCUCUCAACAUAGACUAUACAGAGAAAGAUUACAUAAAUUCAACCUCGAGGAAGUCAAAAUCUCAUCGAUUAAGAGAUGUAUCUGACAAUAAGAGUCAGAAAACUUUUAUGACCUACGAAGAAUGGUACAGACUCAAAGAAGUAGAGCGUAAGCUCAAAGACAGACUUGUCCAGGAUGCUAAGGUCGACUGUAAAGAACUCAAAGAAAAAUUUGACAAUCAAGAAGAAGAAGAAAAGCAAUACAGGAAGAAACUUGUUGAAGACUGGAUGAAAAUCAAGAAGAAAGAAAGUAAAAUGAAGAAGAAACAGAAGCACAAGAAGAAGCAGCAAGAAAAGCAACAGAAAAAGCAGCGCAAAGAACUUGCCCAAAAAGCAUUCAGAGAAUGGCUUAAGGAUUCGCUCCGCAAAGAUAAGAAGGAGAUCGAAGAACAGUAUAAAAGGAGACAAAGAAUUAUGGAAAGAGAAAUCACUAAAAGGAUGAAAGCCAAGCGUAAAAUAGAGGCUGAAAUCUGUUAUAAAUAAGUGGAAGCUUAAUAAAGACAAAGAGCUUCGACACAAACGAAAGCAAAAACAAAUAUCUCAGCAUAAGGAUACAGACCAAAUCGAGUCAAGGAUCAGAAGAUAUCGAGGAGAGAUCUUGCUAGCCUAUUCUAAUUUAUCCAAGUGAAAUGAACAGGUUAAGCAAUAUCAGAGACCAAAAACAGCUAAGGUCAGAAGAAAAUAUUAAGCUUAUUCAAUAAACUUUAUGCAUUGAGGGG